UGAACUUCCGCGUUCCAAAGUCCAAAUGUUUAGAUUACAAGACAGGAAUGGAGGUUCCUGGUAAAUUAGGUCUAGGAGAUCUCAAUGAUGAUGACUCGAAAUUAAUAUGUCUUCCAUGUGACAGUGAUGGUUUGAAGGAACAUGCUUAUGGCUUCUGCCAGGACUGCCAGGAGCAUCUAUGUGAAACAUGCUACAAACAUCAUAGACGCGCUCGUCCAUUUAAAAACCAUGUACUCAUUGACAAAGAAUCAAUGCCAAAGACCCGGGUUAAUGCACCUACAAAAUCUGAGGAUACGGCCGACUUUUGCACGAAACACCAAGAUAAACCAUUAGAAUUCUAUUGUAGGGAUCACACAUCUGUGGCUUGUUAUGUGUGCGUUACAUUAGAACAUAAACAGUGUAAGGUGGACUAUAUUCCUGAUGUUUCUGAAAACCUGUCUGAUGAGAUGACAGAUAUAUUAGAACAAAUGGAAACAUUGAUAACAAAAUGUAAAUCGAACGUAGAAUAUGUUAGCAAAGCUGCGCAAAAUCUAGACCAGAGUCAUGCUAAAGUUGUUGAAGAUAUCAAAGCCUUCAGGAAAGAAAUAAAUGAAUGUUUGGACAGAAUGGAAACCCAGAUAUUUAAAGAAGCUGACACAAUUUUAAAAAGUGCAAAAUGUAAACAGGAAACCGUAUUAAAUGCUUGCUUAGAGAUACGUGAAGAACUUGAAUGUUCACAUUCGUUGUUAAGAUCAUUACAAGAACAGAACAAGCAAAAUAAGCUUUUUAUGGAGAUUAAAAACGUCGGAAAACGUCUACCGAUACUGACAGAUAAGGAAAAGAACGUUUUGCAUGCAAAUACAGCAAAUGAUUGUGUUCAAUUUACCCGCAACACAAGCAUUAUAGAUUUUCUUAGGACUGACAAAAAUUAUUGGACAUUGUCAACAUUUGUACAUCCAUGCCCAGAUAGAGCAAUAGAUUUACAAUAUAUAGAUACAAUAGACGUGAAAAUGAAAUCAGAGAAAGAGAAAAGUAACAUUACUGGUAUGGUAAUGAUUGCUCCUACAAAAAUUGUUGUUUCCGAUAACACUAACAAAAAUAUAAAACUGAUUGACAUUGAGAAAAAAGUAGUUGUGGCAGAGGUAAAAAUGUUUUCAGGUCCCUCAGAUGUUAUAACUCUUCCAGACAAAAAGCUUGCUGUAGCUUUUUUCAAUGAAAUGUUUGUUCAGAUAAUGUCUUAUUCUGACGCGAAACUGUCAUUAGAUCAACGUAUAGAUGUAAAAGAAAAGUGCAACGGUGUAGCUUAUAGUCAGGAUAAAUUGGUUGUCUCUUACAAUAAAUCAAAGAAAAUAAUCAUUUUGAAUCUUCAAGGAGAAAUUCUCAAUGUUCUUGGUUCUCCUGCUAUAUUCUAUGGGCCUAUCAGAGUUUUGUUCAGCAAGGAUGAAACGUUUAUAUAUGUAUCAGAUACAGAUGGGAGUCAAAAUAGUAAGGUUUUGAAAAUGGAUUGGAAAGGAAAUAUUAAAACCGUUUUUGAAGAACAAACGUAUAAAUUUCCUUACGGUCAACAACAAUUAGAAGAUGAGACUAUACUAGUGUGCUACAGAGGCAGUAACACUAUUCUGAGACUGUCAAGCAGCUUUAAGAAAUGCGAUAUUAUUGGACUAGAGAGAGCAAAUAUUUAUUUUCCAAAAGCUGUAACAUACUGCGACAAAGAACAAAAACUGUACGUAAGUUGUUCAUUAGAGAAAGAAGACUGGCGGGCUGAUAUUGUGAAAGUAUUCCAUGUUAAAUGGAUAUAAAUAUAACAAAGAAAUAUGUCGUCAUCAAAAAACUGACAUUUUCUUUUCUUAGAAAACUGAUACGUGAUAAAUAAGAGGAGUGUUCAUACAGUAGGACCUUGCAGGACCAGAUUAUGUUAAGUAGGGAACAAUAGCUUUCAUGCAUCAAUUUGGCGAGUCAUAGAGCAAUGAGAUUUUUACUUGGCUCGGGCCAGUACACUAUAAAUGUAUCUGUACUAGGUGAAAUAGGGUAGAAUCAUUUUUGUUGGAAAACUUUUUGUAAUCAUUAAAGUUGUUGUUUAAAUUAUGGUUUGGUUUAAACAUAUUUAUUGAAGCUCGAUUGCAAAACAAGUUCUUGCAACUUAUAUUAUUCACUUUCGAGUCCGCUUCCUGGAACCAACCAGUACUGGUGUCAUAUGAAGAAACAUGGUCGUGAUCAGAGUAGGGCUCGAACCCAUGAUCUCUGUGUUGAGAGGCAAACAUCUUAACCACUAGGCCACCGCUCCCCCUUAAAUUAUGAUGAAUAUAGUGUAAAUAAAUGUAUAUUUGCAUGGGCUGUGGAUAAAGGAAACACUAGAUGUAGAAACUGGUUUCUCCACUUUGUGUUUACAAUCUGAACAGUGCUCUGGUCUGAACAGUGCUGGUGUAUUUGUUAUGUAUGCAACAUAUUACAUGUAUAUAAUUUAUAUCUGACCAGUUGGUAUUUCCAAUAUUAUCAUUGUUCUAUUUUUAGAACAUAAACUACAUGUAUGUACUAGAACUUUCUUAACUGUUGUAGAAAACUCAUGCAUUAUAAUUAGAUAGAAAUUUCCGGAAUGAUCUUUAUUGUUGAAGUUGCUAGAUUAUGAUUUAUGUAGAAAAUGGAAGACUAUUCUAGAAACUUCUUAGCUUAAUAUAAAUAGGAGACAUUUUUUCUUUCGUAUUACCUUUUAAGUCAUCAGUGAUCUUUUAAGUCAUCAGUUACCUUUUAAGACAUCAAUAUAUUUGGAUUAUUAUUCAACUUGGAAAUUAAGUGAUUUAUUGGAGCUUGGAUUAUUUUAAAAUAGUUAAAAUUAUUCUUGUGGAUUUUAUUGUGGGAAUUUAUUCUAAAGUGUUCUUGGAUUUAACUUGGAUUUAACUGUGCUAUUCAAAAAGGGAUCAUUCCAGGAUCAGACUAGACAUUUGAAUUUUACAUUUAUAUUUGGACUUCAGGUAUUUGUACACAUAAUUUGUUGUUUUAAUUUUCUUUAAUAAUUUUUCUGUAAUAAAUUUGUUAUUGUUACAAGUUUGUUGCUGGCUUUUCUUUCUCGUUACGCCUGGCUCGUAACAUA